AUGUACGGGUAUAUGGACCACCUCUGUCAGCAAUUUUAUCGAUGCACCGACUGGAAUGAGGAUAACAGUUAUGCCAAUGUUAUAGAAACAGCACGAAAUCUUAUUGAUUUCGACAUUCCCGAUGGCGCCAGUUUAAUAGUAUCUUCACAGUCGUCUAAGAACUCGUUUACCUCAUACACCCUAUCGAAUCUGGGCAUGGUCAAUGGUUCGGUAGCGUAUUUGUACAGUUCACGACCAUUGACAACGAUAGAACCAAGUAGAGAGAUCCCAUUACAAGAACUGGUAUCAAGCUACCGCAUCCUAAAGCCACUGAAUCCUCCUCCUGAUCCUAUAUUCUGGCAACAAUGGCACGCAGGAGUACGUGUAGAUAGAAAAGACACGCUAUUAUACGGAAGAUUAUUUCUUCCUGGCAACUCUUUAGAAGCAUUAUUAGUUCGAAGACUGUCGCCAAAAUCCCAAUUAUUGGUGACCUGUGUGAGCGACAAUCAGAUUAAAAACAAAGGUGCGAUAACUUUUAAUCUACAACGAGAUAAUGGAAAGUGGAGAAACGAAAUUAUCUAUAGUACCUAUGAAUCCCUAAUUGGAUAUAGGGGCAUGUAUAAUAUUGGAUUUGAGGAAUCGCCUUCUAGUUCGACGAAUCGGUCAAAGGUGUCACCACCUGUAUCGCGAUUAGCGUUCGGCUUAGAAGUAUUUUAUGGCAUUGCAAGUAAAAGUCCCGGGUUUUCUACCGCAAUGAGAUAUACCACUCAAUCUGCCUAUACAGGUACUCCAUUGACUCUUACACUAAUGUCCAACCCAUUGAUGGGCCAUAUCUCUGCGACAUAUGCUGUGAGAACGACAAACGCAUCUUCAUUUGCUAGUAGGUUUGACUUUAAUGUCUAUUCAUAUAUCAGUGAUUUGUCGAUUGGGUGUGAGAUAUGGCGUAAGGGAGCGAUUAGUAGUGCUGUGAAUAGUGUAGAACCUCCAUUGCCAACCGAUUUUUCAGGUGUUUUCAAGGCCAGUACAAGCUUAAAUUCACGCAAACUGCGUUUACUUUGGGAGGGUCGUUAUAAAGAGAUUUUGAUUAGUACUGGCGCUGGUAUAAGUCUGUCUCCUAGAACACCAUUGGCCACCUCAGUUGGAAUUGAGUUACAGUAUUCAUCUUAG